AUGUCGGCACUGCCCUCCAACCUGUCUGCCGCUCUGUGCGACAUCACGGUCAACUGCUCCAUCGGGGAGGAGUGGGCGUGGUCUGUCUGUGACGUAGAGGGUUGCAGAACCUCCCAGAGGUCAAACAGGAAGGUCGUCAUCAACAUUUUCACUGACGACACGUCCGUCGUCUGUCGGGGCAAAAACGUGGUUGUUCAGUUCACUCGUGCCAACGGGCUCCUUCCCACCGGAUGUCCUGGGCAUCAGGUUAGCCAUGUGACCUCAGCAUUUCACCUCCCAGAUGCUCCCGACACCGACCCCCCCUUCAGGAGUCCUGUGGUGUUUGAGAUCCUUCAGGGGAGGUGGGACUUGUUGGACCUCACCGAGCAGCUGGAUGUGAAACGUCCUCAGAGGACCACUAGGGGACGCCAGAGGGCCCCAAACGGCACCUGCAAGUCCUCCUUUAGUCCAGGACUCGACCCGCUGUGGUUCUGUCCCCGGGGGCCAUGUCCAGGAGACCCGGGAGACACAUUAAUCUCCACCUUGUAUAAAAAUGGUCCUGAGUGGGUGGGCGUGUCCGUAGAGGAUUUACCUCACGUGACCCAGCAGAUCACCAGAGUCCGCUGCUCGGCCCCCUCGCCGGAGGUCGCAAAACCAAAGGCCCACCUGAGCAAAGACUCUCCUGUAGAGGGAAGUGUGACCCUGACCUGCUCUGUGGGGUCAUCAUCAUCAUCAUCAUCAUCUGGAUGGAAGUUCUUCUGGUACAAAGACAAGAAAACCUCUGAACCUCUGAACCUCCAGAGUAGAAGGAUCCCUCCCUCUGGUGGAGGAGUCUACUGGUGCAGAGGAGGAAGAGGAGACCCAGUUUACAACACAGAGUACAGCCAUCCAGUCGUCACAAACAGAGCUGUUGUGACUCUGCAACACGACUGGCCUGAGAUUUACUCUGGAGAGACGAUCACUCUCACAUGUGGAAUAAAGGAGGGAGGAGGCUCUGAGUGGGAGUAUGAAUGGAGAACACCUGACUAUUACACACCUCAAAACCCAAGAGGCUCCAUGAUGACAUCAUCAGUCCCAGGAGACUACAGGUGUAAGGGCAGACUGAAAGAUGAAGACUCUACAACAGAAUGGAGUGAUGCUUUCACAUUAACAACAUCAGAUGUCCCUCAGUCUGUCCUCACAGUGUCUCCAUCAUGGACGAGUCCUGGAGACUCAGUGACUCUGACCUGCAGUGUUGGACCUCCGUCUGCAGGAUGGAGGUUCUUCUGGUAUAAAGCUGUUCACAAACUGUCCCUCUACAACUACACCUAUGAGCUUCUAGCUGGUAGCACCACUGGGACUGAACAGGGUUCCUACGUUCUUCAUGGACAGACACACACAGCAGGAUAUGUGUGCAGAGCUGGAAGAGGAGAUCCUGUCAUUUACACUCUAUAUAGUGAUGUGAAGUUUGUCAGUUCUGGAGGUGUGAAUCCAGCAGCGUCUCUCACAGUGAGUCCUCACAGACUGCAGCACUUCAGCACAGAGUCACUGUCACUGAGCUGUGAGGGAACCUCUACUGAGUGGAGAGUGAUGAAGGCUGAUGGAUCUGGCUUCAUGUCAUCCUGUUCUUACUGGGGAGAAAUGACUGGAUCCACAUGCAACACCAGCACUAGAGCGAGUAGUGGAGUGUACUGGUGUGAGUCUGAAACACAGUGCAGCAAUGCAGCCAACAUCACUAUACACAGAGGUGAUGUCAUCCUGGUGAGUCCUGUCCGUCCUGUGACUGAGGGACAUUCGGUGUCUCUUGGCUGCGAGUUGAGGACAAAAGAACUUCUUGAUGAUGUGGAUUUCUAUAAAGAUGACAAACUCCUCCCAAAUGCUGUCAGAGGGAAGCUGUUUAUCUCUGCAGUUAAUAAGUCACAUGAAGGCUUUUAUAAAUGUAGAGGAAGGAAAUCACCUCAAGGUUUUAAGACUUUGACCUCAGCAGAGAGCUGGUUGUCAGUGGAAUAUCCUGAAGAAGCAGCAUCAAGCUCUGUGUUUCUCGUGAUGUUGGUUGUUGUUCUGGUUUCUGGAGUUUUACUGAUUCUUCUCCUGCUGCUGUUUCUGUGUCUCUACAGAAAGUGGAAGCACGAUGAACCAGAAGAGAGCCCCGUUCACUCGGAUGUGAGGGUCGCAUCAGCUGCAGGUACGGGGUCUGCGUUGCUCCUCAUAGACAGGUUCUUGUAA